UUGACAUAAUAGCAGCAGACAUGUGUUUUAAGAUUCAUUAAUCAUCUUAGCUUAGAGAAGCAGUAAGCUCCGUAUUUCAACUUAGUAAAAAAACAAAUAAUGUCGGUUUGAGCUUUAUUUUAUUAAGUUUAUAUUUGCCGCAAUGUUUAUAUAUAAAUGGUACUGUGGGUAAGAUUGAUGCCGCUAACACAUAGUAUCUAAUAUUUCCUUAUCGUGCCCAUCAAUCGGUUGUCAGUUAAAUAUAAAAAAAACUCCUUGUUACGGAUUGAACAUUUUGAUUUGGCAAUAUGUAAAAGGCGGAUAAAACAUUUCCAUAAAUGAGACUGAAUUACGCAGUGAACCGAGAAACCGCAGGCUACCUAAAUACAUACAUACACUAAAGCGCAAAGCUACAAGCGAGUUGCUUUUCUUGCUUGCAUACUGCUGUAAGUGUGUGCGCAUAUUCUCGCAGCAAAAUGAGUAAAAGGAAGACCAUUUCAAAGUCAGACCAAAAAGUUAAGAAAAGUAAAAACGAAGACCAAAUUUCAGAAGACCAGUUUGCAUAUUUAAGGCGAGAAAUUGACCCACAACCAGAAGUAUACACGACCAAACCUGUUCAACCAACUGAAAAGAAGUUUGGUCAACUGACUACUGAACAAGUUGACGAGUACUUUGAUAAGGGUUUUCUCGUAGUCAAAGAUUUCUUCAAACCAGAACGUUUAAACGUCGUACGCAAAGCCGUGGAUGAAAUCGUGGAUGAUUUGGUGAACGAUCUUUACGAUAAUGGAAAAAUUAAAGACAAACACUCUGAUAAAGACUUUUUCACCCGGCUAACUCACAUCGAAAAGCAAUUUAAAGGAGCUGGGGUUCUAAUGCACAAACGUGGCGUCUUACACGAUGAAUUUAAAGCUCUGUGGAGCGACGACAAACUGCUAAACGUUGUAGAGCAGAUCAUAGGCCCUGAUGUGGCUGGUCAUCCUGUAUGGAACCUAAGGACGAAGACACCGCAUAACGAACAAGCAACUGUCCCGUGGCACCAAGACAACGCAUACAUGGAACCUCGUAAUUUGGAAGUACAUCAGUUCACGGCAUGGAUCCCACUCGUUGAUGCGAAUAGGGUCAACGGUUGUAUGCAGUUUUGUAAUCAUGCAGCUUGCGACUGGGGGACACCGAGCUGGUAUAACAUUACCUCAUACUUGUUGUGCUGGUGGAACCUGGUACGUUGAAAUGCAAGAGAAGGAUUUGGCUCAGUUGGGAGUUGAUGUUAAGGAUAUAGUAACGUGUGAAGUUCCCUAUGGGGGCGUGUUGUUUCUUAAUA